AGAGAAUACAAUUAUAAGUCUUGUCGAUUUAUUUGUAUAAAAAUUGAUUAAGAGCUAACUAGACAGGCAGGUUUGCCCUGAUAUUUAUAGAAGAUUGAAGAUAUUGUGGCUUGUAUUUUUGACAGCUCCGAUCCAUCGUAGUUUUAUAUGAUGGACCAUUCAUUUGGUUUAUUGAAGAUCGUAAGAUAGCUGUCCUUUAUUUAUUAUUGUUCCUUAAAUUCUCUGAUCUCUCAUUGGUCGGAGCCUAGAGUUGUGUUGUAAUGAAAAAUUUCCAUGAAGCCGGGUUACUUAUUCCCGAUCUUUUAUCCGUGAAACAUCUUUCCUUUUCACAGAAGCUAUUUAAGGCUACUGGAUCUGGCGAGUCAUCUAAUACUCCCACUAUCAAAAAAUCAAAACGUCUAGCGGAUAAGCAAGCUUUUCUCAAGGCCAUCGCAGCAGAAUCUUCACAACAAAUUUCAAGUGAUACUAAUGAUGAGUAUGUACCUGAUAAGGAUGAUCAACCCGCCUUUGUGACUUUGGAUAGUGGCAGGAAGAAAAGAACCGCUACAACCUCUGUCUCCUACAAGGAUUAUGAUCUGGAUGAAAUUGAGGAGGAUACGCCAAGAAAGAAGCGCGGGAAGAAAUUAACUCCGAAGACUAAAGAAGCAUCGGCAAGCUCUUCAAAAUCAGCAAAGGCUGUCAUUACAAGAGCCAAGCGAUCUCCUGGUAAAGCCAAAGAAGUAGAAAAAAACGGUCCGAUGAAAGCAGUUUACAUUGACACGGAUGAUGAAGUUGAAGAGACGGCGAUUGCACAAGUCGAAACAUCCAAGCCUGUCCAAACUCCAAAGUCAUCCGAUAUUCAAGAUAAUAAGCUUAAGCGAUUGUUGCAAAGCAAGGACAGUAAUUUAAUCCAAGCAGACUUCGGGCCUGACCAAGUCAUCAAGAACAAGAAGGUUACAAUUAGAUCAGACUUUGGACAAGUGGCUACAAAUCAUUGUUACGAAGCUGCCGAAAAGUGGCAGGACAUCUUAUUCUUGGGUGGCUUCGAUCCAGAAUACAAGCCUGCAACUGUCAGUGUUGAGGAUGACAGCUUUAAAGACGACAAUUAUGAACAGCAUUGGGGUGAUCGUAUUAAAGAAUUUAAUGAGGAAAAACGAAAGCGUGAAGAGACCGAUGUUGGCCGCCCGAACGUAAAGAAAGCUAAAGGAAAGGGCAAGCCCUUAGAUACUCGUCGUGGUAACCCACCCAGGCCUGGCAUCUCCGCCUCGCAUCAUGCAAUAGCCUUUGUCUUGAACGUGGUAUACUCCUCCAAGAAAGCAUUCCGACAUAUUGUUACUGUAAAUAUAUAUAAGUUUUUAACUGGAAUAGAACUAUCUUUUAGGAAAGACAAAAACAUAUUAGGAAGUGGUUGUUGUACCAUACCCGAAGAAGUGUGGGCUAUUCAGUUAUAUCAUAGAGAUUUGAUAUUAGGUCAAAGAACAAUAUUGUUUGUGACGAUUAAAAAGCCUACAUUUGAACCCGAUAACAAUGUGGAUGUUAUUGGCGCUCAGCUACUGCUGGAUGAUACACCCAUGGUAUUCACUGAGACUCAAGUUAUUGUUAUUGAAUCGAUAGAAUAA